CCUAUGCUUCUGUCUGUGAUUGGAAAAGGGUAAGUCCAUGAUCCAGACAGACAGGUGUGGCCCCACAGAGUGAAGACCAGGAGGAUGGCAUACAGUGUGGACUUCAAUCUGAGACCUAUAAUGGAGCUUGAAUUAGAGAGUCUUAGGGGUGAUGAUACGGCCCAGGACUCUAUGACGGGAACAGGUCUGGAGAGUGGCAGUCGUGAAACCCUGGAAAUGGAGGUCCUUACAACAGAAGGCAGAGAUAGGCUGGCCAGCCAGAUGAGUGAUGUCAGAGAGCGGGCAGAUGAGAGGAGUGAGGAAUCCAUACAGACCAACCGUCUGGUCAGGAAGUGCUGGUCUACCGCCACCCUGAGGGUCCUGUCCUCCAUGCCCAGUCGCAGCAUCGGGCAGCAGAGUCGUCUUGAAAUCAUCUCCCAGUGCAACAUCCGUUCUACUCAGCUGCGCAGGUACCACCGCCAGACCCAAGACGUUUCCCUCUCCUCCAGACCUAGUAUCCGUGGCUAUGGGAUCGAGGCAGACUCUGAGGAUGUCUGUGAGGAAG